AUGAUAAAUAAAUCGAAGCUGCUCAGGGACAAUUCAAAGACAGCAGUAUUUUGCUUUGAACCCGGCGUCGCCGAAAACACAACUGACGUGGACAUCGUGAACGGAGCACGUCCAAGUUUCAUGGACAUGCACUCACCGGACAUAAAAAGAGUGAAGAACAAAUAUCAUAAAAUGGAAAAAUACCAUAGAAUGGAAACGAAGAAGAAGGAAGAGGAACGACCGGAUGCUGGAUUCAUGCAAUGCCUCGCUCGGAAUGCACCGGCUAGGAGACACACAGCUUUUCAGUUAUCAGCCCUUAUUAUAAGAGUAUGA